AAUUCAGCAGUCAUGGCUGUAACGAGAGUAGUGCUUUUCACUUUAUUUGUGGCCCUGCUUGAUCCCGGCACAGCCAACAGUGAGACGGAAGUAGCAGACUCCGAAAACGUAGCAAAAGCAGAACUAGUAAAGAAAGAGGCUGACUACGGAUUAGCUCAGAAAACAGAGAAAGAAUUGACAGUCACAACAUAUUUCGAUUGUGCUGAUGUCACAUGGAAAUCAUUAAAUCCAGAUGGAAAUGGAGCGACAAUAGCACAGGAAGAUCUUGGUGAUGGUUCUCUGAAGCAGACUAUAACCUGCCCUGUUAACUCAGACCAAGCUAGAUUUGAAUUAGUUACCCCGCCCGGCUCGGCUGCAGCAAUAACUUGCACCAAGGAGACUGGAAAGUAUGACAACUCCCUUGCCCGGUGCCAAGAAACAAACCCAUUGUCCACUGGCACGGGAAUGCAGAAGAUGGUUGUUGCAAACAGCGCAGAGCAGCCAGCGCCUUGCACUGCUGAAGCAACUGGUGAAUAUUCGAUUGCAAUAAUGAAAGAAAAACUGAACUCACCGAACGAUGUUUAUUGUGGUUUUAGACAUCAAGUUACGUGUUUGGAUGACGGAACGUGUACUCUGGAUACAGACAAAACAGAUUGUCGUUACGAGGACGGCAAGGUGAUUUUAGAGUACUUUGUUAACUUGACACCUGGUGUUUGGACUCUCACUGAGAGAUAUCCUCUCAUAGUAUUGAAAGGUAAAAUUCAGUUCUGGAGCUGUUCAAACGAUUAUAAUAAAAGUUCGCCAACAGAAGCGCAGCCUGGUUCAUCUCAACCAACUCUGAAAAGUGACGUCACACACAUUACAGAGUUGGAUAGAGCUAUCACGGAGGAAAGACUGCCGCCAAGAGAGAUUAAAACUGUAGCAAGUGAGACAACCUCUACCAUUGCAACAUCUAAAAGUGCUAGAAAAGACAUUACUAGGGGUUACCCUAACACACCCGAUAAAGUUGGUGAAAGUUUCAAAUGCUACAACUACACCUGGGAUGCUACCGACUGGGUUAAGCAAACAGAGGGCACUACUUGUCAUCGACUGGAAGAUACUGCUAUUAAAUGCAACAUGCCGGGUACAGCAGCUGAUGCAGACUACUCAUUCCUUAACAAUGGAUGUGGACCUUGUGCAACUGAUGCUGCUAACAACACUUGUGUUGAGUGUGACACUGACAGCUGUAACGAGGAGAACAGUGCUACUAUCUUCACUGCUACAUUUCUACCACUCAUCACAGUCAUCUACUCGCUUGUGAUGCCAGGUACAGCAGCUGAUGCCGACUACUCGUUCCCUGACAAUGGAUGUGGACCCUGUGCUACUAAUGCUACUACUGACACUUGUGUUGAGUGUGACACUGACGAGUGUAACAGUGCUACUACCAAUACUGCAGUCCUUCUGCCACUCAUCGCUGUCAUCUACUCGCUCGUGAUGUAAAAUACUCGUGAUACUGUCAUCUAAACUUCGAUUUUAAAUGAAACAUUUUGUGGAAACGGGUGCCACUUUUGACCUCCAAAAACUACAUAAGCACUGAACUAAAAUUAGGAUAAGACUUUUCUUCUGAGUUUACUAUAGUAAAUAGUAUCAUCAAAUUUCCUUUGAGGACAAGUUUGAACGUUUUAAGGUGAAUAUUCCUAUACAAUUGAUCUUUUGCGCCUUGAAGGUUCAGAAGUUGUUUACUGAGAAGUUUAUAACCAUUUUGGUAUCGAAAUUAUUAUUACACAUCCAGCUGCUCUUAAGAAUGAUGCCAUUUCAAUUAUCAUGCA